AUGCCUGGCAGUAGUAGUGAGGAUACUUCUCAAGAAGGAGUAGAUGAUGUAAUGGCAGAUUCGGGAGAGGGGGAGAACCGGGAAGUGGCCCCGACACCCCCGAGGGAUAUAGGAGAUCUCAGCAAGGAAGAAUUGGAGAUGCGUGUUGGUAACAGCACGGACUUUAUGUAUUUGUGUAUGUUCAUAUCGGAAUUUGGCAGAGGACUGAAGUUGCCUUUGUCGCAGUGGAGCUUCAUGGGGUUCUUCAAAGACCUCUACAACUCGCAAAUUAUAGAAGGCUUUGUUAAGGACAUUCUACUAAAGUGUUUGCAUCCUCUAGGCAAACCAGUUAUAUAUCCAGCGGCUACUACUACGGACGUGGAGGUAUCUACUCGGAUUGAACGAAUGAUCGGAAAGCUCUUCCUCGAGAACGGUUUUGAAUCUGAAGUCUUAGCGGGAAUACGACCGGUCGCUGGUGUGGAGUUUCCUACGGAUGAAGAAGGGCGCCUGGUGGUUGACGAUCCUCAGCAGCUUGUGAUGUGGUCACAGAGGAACAUAUUGGAACGAAUGAGGAUA